UAAAAAUAGCACAUCAACAGGACCAGGUGCCAGUCACACAGAGUCUCUGAGUCUGGCAGUGAAGGAAAAAUGGAUCCUUAUCAAAACCAGAGAAACACAGGAUACAAACCCAACAAUGCCAACUUUACAGACAGCACAUCAGGAACAUCUGGAGGAGAGCAGAGCCCUGAUCAUGCCCACAGAGAUGAACCUGACAGCGGGACCCCACAGGCGACGGGCAGACAGCCGCAAUACUCGGGUGGAUUCACCGUGAUCCCACCAAAUGAAUCUCGGCGAAACCAGAUCCUAACGACCGCUCAGAAAGAAGAGGAGGCUCUUCAGAGAUGGAAAGAGGCAAACAGAGUCCCCUCUGUGCACGUGAAUCCAGAGAGGCUGGGUGGUAGUGCAACAUUGACUGGAGCCAGGGAGAAGCAGCUUUCAGACUUACGUUGCUCCAAACUGCAGAAGAAGCUGAAAAAGGAAGCGUUGGACAAGAAGAAGAGACAAGAGGAGGAAGAGGAGUACCAGAAGAUGAAAGAUAUACAGAGGAAGAAGGCAGAGCUCCUGGAGGAGAAGAGGCAGCAGGAGGAGCAGAGGAGGAGGGAGCAGCACCGGCAGGAUCACGUAAGGAAGACUGAGAGUUUUCUGCAGAGGUUUGAGAGGACGGCCCCGGGUCCACUGGCAUCCAGCAGUGCCGCACACACGUCAUCUAGGAGUGAGGCGGUAGAGAGUAACCAGAGAGAAGAGAAAAAAGGUGUGAGAGACGUAGAGCAGGACCACAGGAGGGUGAACCAAGCCUUUCUGGACAAUCUCGAGGGUCGAGGCAGCAGGAGCGAGGAUGGAACAAACAUGGGAGGCGUUCGGGAGUGUUCCUUUUUGGCCUCGGAGAAUUUUGGGCACCAGCCGUCCAACCCCGCUGGACAACAACUCCCCCCCGCUCACCUGAACCCAGACCCGGAUCAGAGCUUCGUCGCCGACUGGACAGAUGAAGCUGAUCCUCACUACGACUGGGCCUUGAUGAAACUGAUGAGCAUCUUUCCAGACUGCAGCAAAGCUUUCCUAGAGGACAUCCUGGACCAGUGCAACAACGACUACGAGCAGGCCUACACGCUACUCAACUGCACGAUGAAUUAAAUUCCAUGCACCUUUAAUGGGAGGACUGUCUCUCCUUUAAUAUUUAGUUCGACACUUUGACAUGUGUAACCAGCGUUCAUGAUGAUAAAGAAAAGUUGGACUUGAGCGACCAAACCUUGGUGGUGGAUGUAAAUGCUGACGGCAUUACACAGCUGCAUUAAAUGUAUACCUACAGCAACAUGUGCUUGUUUUAAGAUGUUUUUGAUUAUGCCAUUAAUCAUUGAGUGUUUUUCUGUCUUGUAUCUGUCUGCAUGCACCAGUGAGUCAUGUCGGGUUUUCGGCCCCUGAAAUGGAGUUGAAUUUGUGUUCGUUUUCUCCAGUUUAACUGAAGGUCAUCGCCAUGACUCAUAAUCUUCAGAUCAUAUUUGGGGCUCUAAAUCAAAUCAGUGUGCGAAGAGGGAAGAAAGCUCUACCCAAAUACAUGGUGCUUUUUGUUUGUCUUAUAAUCAAAGUCACAUUGGGGUGUAUCUAUUGCAGGAUUCUUCAGGACAACAACAGAUUUUAAUCCAAAAGGGUUUUUCUGUAGAAAGGUUUCAGUGAAAUGAAACAAUAGCUUUAUAGGACUUAAAUAAAACAGCUUCUUGUAAACUGUUAAAAAGCUUCCUCUUUCAUCAGCGUGUUAUUUGUCGGACAGGGUGGGGUUUCCGGGUGGUCAGUUGGCACAGAGCUGCUGUUGAAGCUGUGAAUGUCAGCCUCAUAAGAACUCUGAGGCCGGACAGCAGAGAUGGAUAUCACCUGACCGAGGCAACAAAGAAUAAAGGGUGGUGCUCUCGACAUGGGGGACCACAAAAAUCCCCUUCUACUUCGGCAUGAAGUCAUGCACGAGGGGUUUUACUGCUGAUGUCAUCCAGCAAAUGUCUUUGCCCUGGAGAUUAGCAGGAGCCUCAAAUUUUUUAAAACAAAGCAUUACCAAGAUCUUUUUGUUUAUGUCAAGGGGCCUAUAAGAUUAAUUUGAAUCAGAAUCAGGCUUAUUGUCAAGUAUGUUUGUAUGUAUUGCCAGGGAACUUUCUCCUUUUGGUGUUUUGGUGCAUAACAAUAAACAUUGUAGGAGAAAAUAAAACCUUAAACCAAGCACAUAAAUACAGAUACGUAGAAUAAUGUACAAUAAAAAUAUAUUUGUUUUAACAUUUAA